AUGGCAAGUUCAAGCAAUCAAAACAUGGGUGCUCUACCACUUUCUUUUCCACUUCUCAAUGGAGAAAACUAUGAUUUUUGGUGUGUGAAAAUGAAGACCCAACUCAUGUCAAAUGAUGUUUGGGAAUAUGUUCAAGAUGGGUUUGAAGAUUAUGAAGGUGUGGAGGUGGCUUUGUCAAAUGAGCAAAAGAAACAAUUGAAGGUGGAUAAUAGGAUUAAUGCAAAAGCUCUCUCCAUGAUUCAACAAGGUGUUUCCAACAACCUCUUUCCUAGAAUCAUCAAUGAAACCAAAGCCAAGAAAGCAUGGGAUAUUCUUUACAAUGAAUAUAGAGGCAAUUUGAAGGUAAAAACCAUCAAACUUCAAUCUUUGAGAAGGGAUUAUGAGAAUUUGAAAAUGAAGGAUAGUGAAUUGUUGACUGAUUAUUUUUCUAGACUUAUGGAUGUUGUGAAUCAAAUGAAAACAUAUGGGGAAGAUGUUGCUACUCAAAAAGUUGUUGAGAAAAUCUUGAUUAAUUUGCCAACGAAGUAUGAUUCCAUUGUUGCCGUUAUUGAAAAUACUCAAGAUUUAGCCACUUUGAGUGUCGCAGAAUUGAUGGGUUCCCUUAAGACAUUUGAGCAAAGAUUGAAUAGGCAAUCGGAAAAGUCAAUUGAGAGUGCCUUUCAAUCUAAGCUUAAUGUUAGUACCCCAAAGCCCCAUGGGAAAGGAUCUUCUUCAAGUCAUAAUCAAUCUAGAGGGCAUUUUUCAAGUGGUGGAAAUUUUGAACGAGGAAGAGGUGGAAAUGAUAGAGGAAGAGGAAGAGGAAGGAACAAUUUUCAAAGUGGAAACAAUUUUCAAAGGGGAAACAACUUUCAAGCAAGAGGAAAUGAUGAGGCCACUCAACCAAGGUGUGGAAUUUGUAAAAAGGGUAGUCAUGUUGAUAAAGAUUGUUGGUUUCGAGGGAAGCCACAAUGUUACAAUUGCAACAAAUUUGGGCAUGUCAAAAAGGAUUGCCGAGUCACAAACAAUCAACAAGCUAAUUACUCUGAAGAGCAAGAAGGUGGAGGGUGUAUGUUUUAUGCUUGUCAAGCGGCUUCUGAGCAAAAGAAUGAUGUGUAG